ACGGCGUACGUCACUAUUUAGGUUCCGUGUAGAAACAAAUCCAUGUCGGCUCACUUGGUUGUUUAUAUAUAUGGUUUAGAGACUAAUUUCAGUUAUGUGCGUUUUUCCCGUAAUAACUGACAUUUAAAUGGAUGGGCAGCAUCGUGGUAAAGGAAAAAGAGGAAGCGGAGGGAGAGGAAACCGGAACGAGAGCAGAGAUGUGCGUCUGUCCAAAUCCCUGUCUUAUUCCCUGAGACAUGGUGCUGAUAAAAUGGGACUUAACAUGAGCUCAGAUGGCUUUAUAUUUGUGGAUGAACUUCUCACUCAUGGACAGUUCAGCUCAUUUUCAUUGGAGGACAUAGAGAGAGUGGUGGCCACAAAUGACAAACAGCGCUUCAAACUGCAAAACCAUCCUGAGAACGGCCGCCUACAGAUCCGGGCCAAUCAAGGACAUACUGUACAGGUUGAAGACUUAGAAUUGACAGCAGUGGUUCUGGAUGCUCCAGACUGUCCACGGGAGGCCGUUCAUGGGUCCUACAUGAGGCACUGGCCGUCAAUCCGUAGCAAAGGACUGUGCAGGAUGAACAGAACACACAUCCAUCUGGCACCUGGACUGCCUGGAGAGGACCAAGUUAUCAGUGGGAUGAGACAUAAUUGUGAUCUUGCUGUGUACAUCAAUGUCCCCAAAGCUCUAACAGACGGAAUUAAAUUUUACUGGUCAGAAAACAGAGUGCUGUUGACGCCCGGUGACAGUGAUGGAGUGUUGGGGCCUCAAUAUUUCUUGCGUGCACAAAGAUUGAAACCUUCACCAUGUGACCUUGAUCUGGAAUAGACAAUGGAAAAAGAUGCCCCAAUGGAUUUUUCACUAUGAGCAUAAAACAUACUGAUCUUCAGCAAAACCAUGAACAUCUGUAAAUGGUAACUGGAAGUAUUGCAACUUAAUGGUAACUUGAGUAUUGAGAGAUCGUGUAUGAAGUAAACAUGACGGAAGAUUGGUCCCACUGAGCUGCAUGUCACAGAGACUAUCUGAGAAGAGACAGGCACUGGUGGUGGUGGUUUGGUCAACCGAAGCCUGCAUGAUGUUCGACAAGGAUACGGAAGUUCUUUUGUGAUAACGUUGAGCAGCAGUUUUUCACAUUAACACUUCUUGUUCUGGGUAUGAUAGCCUGUGGUUUUCCCAACUGUCACUUGAAUAAAAUAUAAUGACUUUCAGGGGC